UCGUGAAGUUGUUGAUGGUCGCGAUGGUCAAAAUUGGGAUUUGUUCAGGAAGAUGCUGGGACCCAGGGGUUGGUUGGGCCCGGCUUGUUGAAUUUGUUGCUGGAACUGGAACUGGGACCCAGGGGUUGGCUGGGCCCAGUCCCACAAAGCGGAACGAUGAAUUUUGUUUUUUUGUGAAAUUGGUAGACUCGUUGAAGAUACGGUAGUAGUGGAAGGAGUGUUCGAUCCUUUGACCUUUGGAAAUUUGAUUGUUUAGUGACGACCGGGUUGUUGGAGACGCUUCUGCUGGAUUCUUAUCACCAUGAAGCAUGGUCGUUGGCGAUUGAUAGGAUGUUGAGGGAACUUGGUGGAGGGCAACCAGUGAUACCUCACACCUCUCAGUUUCCUUUCAUUUUAAUGGGACUUUGUAUUUGACAUGCUGUAUGCAUGUCAGCACAUUUUGUCACAUGGGGCACUACUUGAUUCUGAGCCAAAUGAGAAAAUCAAGUGGUUAGUUCUCUCGUUUGUCAAAGAGGUGCCUAGGGUUCUGCUUCAGCCUGAGUACCAUCCUGUUUGCCUGUGGUCCCUAUUCACAGAAACUUUCAAUGUCAAUGACGAACGAUGAUUCCCUGAUCUCCACGGAUAAGGCAAGGACACCAGGUCAUCGCAGUUCCUACAGAGGAAUGCAGGCCUCAGGUGCGCAAGGGCAAGAUUUUUGUCCAAUCAGUUGGGUAUCAUCUUUAGAUUAGAGUUUUCUCUUGUACGAGAUAGUUUGUGCGUGUGUGUGUGUUUGUGUGUGUGUGUGUGUGUGUGUGUGUGUGUGUGUGUGUGUGAAAUUUGGAAGUCGCUGGUGCUGUUUAUGCCAAGGGGUUGUGGCCUGGAGAUGGGCGACUGCAUUACUCAGGGGUUUGGGAGCUCAUAAGGAGAUCACAAUGUUGCAGGGUAAGUGAGAGUCUCAGCUUCGGGUUGACGCCGGGAAGUUGGAUGUCCAUUUACGAGCUCUCAAUGACAAAUGGGAUACCGAUGAACAGGUAUUUGGGGGUGCGUCCGAGGAGGUGUGUCUACCAGUUCAUGCUUGGUAUUCAGCCUCUUUGAGAGGGGGGGUACAUCUCCCUUGUGGUGGUUUUACAAAAUGAUCUCAUAUUUCUCUGAUGGCAUUGUAUUCUUACGGCUAUCUUUGUGCAUCGCCAGGCAAGAGCUUCGUGUAUGACAAGGACAAUGGAUGGGGAGAGAGGAAAUGUGAGGAAAGUCUCCAGCUGUAACUGCUGCUGAUCAUCAUUCAUUGUUAUGGUGUACCGGUGUGUGUGUGUGUGUGUGUGUGUUCUACCCGUUAGUGGUCAGUAUGCAGCCUCGCUAUUUGAGAGGGUUGCUUUGCCCAUUUGGUUGUGCUGACUAAAUGAUCUGCUUUUCACGGCAUCGCCCUUUUACAGGUAUUCCUAUCGGUUGUCUGGUGAGGGCUUUGUGAAGGACGAUGCCAAUGUAUGGGUAGAGAGCAAGUGUGCAAUUUUCCGGGUGUAACUGCUGCUGCCCAUUGUUUGUUAUUGGGCUUAAUGAGGUUUUUAUUCCUUUUUCUCUCUGUCCGUGGCACUGUCUUCUAGUUGUAAUUUCUUGUUGUGGGUGGUUGCGGGAAAAGGUUGUGUGGUGGUGGUGGGGGGAGCAGAACGUGGCGAGGUGUUGAGGGAGCCAGCAAAAAUGGGAAUGAAGUUGCGUUUGUGUGUUGUUGAAGCGAGGAAUUUGUUCCCAAAGGACUCUAAUGGGCUCAGCGAUCCAUAUGUUCGGAUAGUGGUUGGGGAGCAGAAAACCAAGUCGACAGUAAUUUAUGAGACAUUGAAUCCAGCUUGGCAUGAGGAGUUUAUCUUUGCAGUGGAAGAUAUUUCAGAAGUCUUACACCUCUCCAUCUGGGAUGAGGAUUACAUGACGGAUGAUUUCUUGGGGCAAGUGGAUAUCCCUCUCUCCGAUGUCGUGAAGGCAGAUGGCCAGGUUCUCCCGCCAACAUGGUAUCCUCUUCAGAAGCGGAAGUCAACUUCGAAGAUAAGCGGGGAGAUACGCCUAGGAAUGUCUCUGCUUGGGAAACUGGAUGUCGCUAAUGGAGCAAACAUUGGAAAGCAGACUGGAUCUGUAUCUCCAUUUUCAUGGCGAUCUAUUUCUAGUCAUGGAUCUACAGGCUCAAGCGGCAGUGCCGAGGCGCAGGAGGAGAAGGAGAAUGGCAGUAGUAGCCACACUUCUCUGCGGGAACGUCUCUCUAGGCUAAGACAUAGAACAAAAAAUCGAAAAGGUUUUGCUGGUCGUUCUAAGUCUCCCGGACGGCUCGCGCCGGUCAUCCAAGAGACUCCGGGGAGCAGCUGCUCAUCUGGGCCCCCGUCGCCAAACCUUAGCCCUGGACGUAAUGAAGAUGCCGAAUCAAGCCUGGACAAACUGGCUGAAAGGUUUGUGACAGAGACUAGCGUAGAUGUAGAAGCGGCACAGGAGGUAAUGCCAGCAGUGCGGGAGAGUGGGUUUGCUGUUGAUUUGUCCGGAAUGUCAGGGCCACAGGAGGCUCCUGUGCCGUCAGAUUGUGCACUGAGCACAUCGGGGAGUCAUACACCACGGUUGGGCACAGGGGCCAGUGGGGCAGGGGCUGGUGGGGCAACUCGUCCUGUGCAGCAGACUCCCGAGGAUCCCUACUCAGAACGUACCAAAAAAUUGGCGGACAAUGUUCGUGAGUCGCCUGAGCCCAAGAAGAAUAUCUUUCGUGACUCGCCUGAGCCCAAGAAGAACAUCUUUCGUGAAUCGCCUGAGCGAAAGAACAAGGUUAUUAAUGGACCGCCUGAGCCCAAGAAGAAGGUCGUUAUUGAACUGCCUGAGCCCAAGAAGAAGGUCACUUUUGAGCCGCCUGAGCCCAAGCCGAAUGUGAGCGAGCCGCCUGAGCCCACCAUAGUUACUGAGCCGCCUGAGCCGAAUGAUGUACAGCUGGCUGAGCCCAAGGAUGUACUGGUGCCGGAUUCUUGGUUCGAUGAUGAUGGGGUGUACAAAUCAGAGGCAGUGAGUAUUCCUCCCCCAUUGGCAGGUGGUGUUGUUCUCAACGAAGUCUUUUCCUGUACGUCAAAAAAGUUGAACUCCCUCUUCUUUGGCCCAGGCUCAGAGAUCGUAGCUGAAUGGCAAAAAAAACGAAAGCUGACAAUGUGUGAGGAAGGCCCGUGGAAGAUGAAUGAUGUUGGAUUGCCAACACGGCAACUGUCUUACAUGAUGCCUGCAAGUUCCCUUGUGAAAGCAACGAAGGCCAGUGAAAAGCAUACGUACUCUCAAGCCGAAGAUGGAAGGUUUGUUGUUGACAUCUCUGUGUCGACGCCGGAUGUGCCAUACGGGUCAACAUUCAGGACCGAAGUGCAGGUGUGCAUUUUUCCAGAAAAGGCAGAAGGAGGAGGAGAGGGGAUGGCUAGGAUGAGGGUGUCAUGGCGGGCAAAGUUUUUGCAGAGCACAAUGAUGAAGACAAUGAUUGAAAACGGAAUGAGGAAAGGGAUCACUGAAUCGUAUGCAGUGUGCUUGGAGGUGAUCAACAAGUCUGUAAAGCCAGUGGAAGCAAUGGCGAAGGAGGAUUUAAUUGAAAAGCCGAAACCAGACGAGAUUGUGGUCAAGAAUUGGAGGACACAUGCAUCAGAGUUCCUGUCCAAAUAUGUUGGGAAAGUUUCUGCUGCUGUGGCAUUGCUUCUUCUUUUUACUCUCUGCGUUCACAUUUUGUACGCAAAAGCCAAAGUGACGCAGGGGUUAGAGUUCUGGUGGGUGGAUCUUCCGGACUCAUUUUCUGAGCUCUUCAUUGCUGGCGUUUCAUUCUUGCUUAUUGAGAGAGUGGUCGUCAAACUGGUGCAGUUUUUGUGGGUCAGCCUCAUAAAAGGUGGGGAUCAUGGCUUGAAAGGAAAAGGAGAAGGUUGGAUGGUCACCAUUACGUUGCUGGAGGCGAGGUCAUUGGCGACAGCUGAUCUGACUGGCUUUUCAGACCCAUAUGUUGUGUUCACAUGCGAUGGACAGACUCGCUCAUCCUCGAUAAAGUUGCAGACUUUGAAUCCCACCUGGAAUGAGAUUUUGGAGUUCGAUGCGAUGGAAGGUCCACCAAGUGUGAUGGAUGUUGCUGUGUAUGACUACGACGGACCGUUCCUGGAGCCCGAUGAGCUUGGCACAUAUGAAAUCAACUUCCUGAGGAGAAGUUCAGAAGAGCUUGCCGACCUUUGGAUACCUCUCGAAGGGCGCCGUGCUCGAGCUGCUGGUUCAGAGCUCCAUCUGAGGGUGUUCUUGCAUAAUUCUAAGAAGGAUGAUGAAGCCAUCACCCCACAAAUGCUCGAGCAAGUAUCAAGGCAGGGUGGCAGGGUCACAAAACGUAGCUCGCACCAGAACAUUCAGUUCCAGAAGCUAUUCUCCCUGCCUGACAACGAGCCACUUAUCAACGACUAUGCCUGCUCCCUGAAGAAAAAGAUUUAUGUCCAGGGGCGCCUGUAUGUAUCGCUAAGGCUGCUUGGAUUCUACUCAAACUUGUUUGGGCACAAGACAAAGUUUGUAAUAUUGUGGGAGGACAUUGAGGACAUGAAAGAGCGCCAUCCUUCAGAGACGUACGGGUUGAUUCCCAGCAUCACAAUCUAUGUGCGCAAGGGACGGGGCCUAGAUGCGAAACUGGGAUCCUACAGUACGGACAAUGACGGCCGUCUCAAGUUUCGAUUCUCGUCAUUUGUGCGCCCUGGUCCAGCCUUCAGGACAAUAUGCUUGCUCUGGCAAUACCGGACUCUACCACGAGAUGAACUUAUUAAAAAGCUGGAUGUUAUUGAGCCUGACAAACCUGAUGAGAGGGGUGGCACACCGGUGGAUGAUGAUAAGGAAGAGAGCUCGUCCAUGCCAGCGGAUGAAGCAGAGAUGUCAGAGGGAUCACAGAAAGAAGUGAGUUCAGUGGGUAGAAGACAUAGGAGAGUUGCGGGGCAUCAUUGACGGUGUUAGGACGGAAGCGGAGUCAUGUGCACGGCCAUGUAGGCUGCAUUGAUUUGACGCGUCAAGGAGCC